AUGAAAAAAUUGGGAAUAAUAAGUUUAAUAAUAUUAUCAUUGGAAGUUGUGGAGAAUGUUGAUUUAUGUCCCAAGGGCUGGAGUAUGAGUUAUGUAACGCCUGAGAUAUGUGAAGCGCCUUUGUCAUACCACGGCCCCUGCUCCAAACAUAUUAUCACCGCCAAUAAUAUCAAAGAUAAAUCAAUUCUACAACAUCAGUGCCACGUCAAAUGGGGAGGAACAGAAUUAUGUGUUAGGGACAUGACUAAAUGUCCGAAGAACUGGGUUAAAAUUGAUAAUUCCUGCGUUCCAACAGGUGCUUACAGGGGAAACUGUGUGGAAAUCCCUGAGGAGAUGGAAUUAACACAGAAAAUACUGUGGUCAAUCAAGUGUAACACUCAAUUCACGUGCAAAAAUUGUAUGAAGAAUUAUGACGUGAGAUGUCCAGAGGAAUGGAGGCUGGUUGGGAGGGACUGUAUAGCGCCUGAGGGUUACACCGGGCCAUGUCAUACCAUAGCCAAUUUAUCCUUCUUCAAUCACACAAUGAAGGAGCAAUUUGAGGCGGUUUGUAACGCGGAGUUUCCCUGUAAAACUUAA